AUGGGUUUAUCAGCAAAGAAGAGGCCUCAAAACAAAGGGGUGUCCAAGAAGCAAGAUGAGGCGCCACAGGACUUAUUACAAUAUCCCAUCAACAGAGUGGUUGAACAGAACCGGCUGAAAACGGUAAUAAAAAACUUAUCCCUCUUGAAGCUCUUCAAUAGCUCCAACCCUCGGAUCCAACAACUGUACAGCUUGGCUAAAGGGUAUUGGAAUUUACUGCUUAAAGUUCCCAAGAUGCUUUACAUCUCCUAUGGGGACAACACUGUCUACAACAAUAAGACACAAAGUCACAAAGCGCUGCAGAAGCCUAGAUGCCCCAAGCAGUGGAGGAAAUUACAGUCCACAGGCGAGCAUAAGGAGAUGAAGCCCAACAAAUCAAAGACCAAGGUGGUGUCAGGAGUGAAGAAAGUGGCCAAGAGGUCACCUGGAGCAGCGCCCAGGAAAGGAGAGCAGGCGAAGCAGGCAGACGCAAAGGCAUUAAGGAACCACAGCCUGGCUCUUUCCCCCGGGACUCGGGGGAGCCAAGCAGCCAAGGGAAAGUCCCAGGUGGUCUUCCCAAAGCCCUACCACCUCAAGAUGCCCAUGGAGGACAAGAAGGUUGCUGGUAGAGCUAACCGGUGUGUCUGGUUUAAGGGGCUGCCCACACGCAUCCACCUCCCAGGGCCCCGGGUGAUGUGCAGGGUCUCCAGCCUGCGCCCCAUCACCCGCUGCUGCACCCGCUACUGUUCUGCCAACCUGGAGCUGCCUAGGUACCAUCCAUACUGGGUGUGA